AUGGGAUGCGUUCAAAGUGCACCUAAUUCUACAAGGGAAGCACAACGAAAAGGAUCUGAGCCAGAUACUCGACACAUGUCUGCAGAUCGAGGCUCACAACAUCGAGGAAGUUAUAAUAAACAUGAAUCAAAUCAAACGCCACAACACCCAGGAAAACAUGAUAGUCAUGAACCUAGGCAAAUGCCACCUCCAGGAAGACAUGAUAAUCAUGAACCGAAGCAAGCACCACAACAACCAGAAAGAUUUGGUAAUCAUGAACCAAAGCAAGCACCACAACAACCAGAAAGAUUUGGUAAUCAUGAACAAAAGCAAACGCCACAACGUCUAGGAAGAUUUGAUAAUAAAGGACCAGAGCCAAUAGAAGAAGAAAAUAUUGACGCUUUUGAAAACGGAGCCCAAGCUGGUGCAACAGCAUCUCGAGGUGCAUCAUUUGAAAGUAUUACUAACAUAUGUUCUCAGCCACCGCAAGUAGAAGAUAUGCAAGUUAUUGGAAAUGAAAAUUCUAUAUUUAUGAUUGAAUCCUUCAAAUAUAAUCCGUCUCAACCAGAUCGCGCACCAAAUCCAAUCAAUGUGGGAAAUGGUUAUGACGAUCGGUGGGAUGAAAAUCAUCUUCGUAUGCCAUGUUCACCAAAAUAUGUUGAUGCGUACUCACAAGAAGAAAAAGAUAGAUUCUUGCGCGUUACACUUCCUAAAAUGUGUGAUCUUGUUUUAACUCUUGAAGCAGUGUGUCCACAGGCACCACCUUUAUUACGUAUAGGAUCGAAUCGAUCGGUGACAAUGUCACAAAAACAAGCUGCUUCAUUAUUAGCUUGUUCAUUUUUCUGUUUGUUUCCAAAUAGUUCGAACCGAAAACAACCACAAGAUGCAGAUAAUUAUCAGAAUCCUAAUUUUGAUAGAUUGUAUGCAAAUGGCCCUCCACAAAAGAUGGAAAAGCUCAAAUGUAUUUUAAAUUAUUUUCGACGUGUUACAGAAAAGAUGCCAAAUGGCGUUAUUACCUUUCAACGUUAUAUGUUACCAUCAGAAUCUUAUCCUUCAUGGCGUAAUUCAAGUAUAAAUCUCGGUGAUUUACAUCUAACAACGAGCAAAAAAAUCGAAGAAGUUCAGAAUACACUACAAGCUGAUUUUGCUAAUAAAUAUAUUGGUGGUGGUGUUUUAGGAUCAGGAUGUGUACAAGAAGAAAUUCGUUUUAGUAUUUGUCCUGAGAUGCUUGUUAGUCUACUUGUUUGUGAAGUAAUGGAAGAUAAUGAAUGUAUAUUCUUGAUUGGUUGUGAACAAUAUUCAUCAUACAGAGGCUAUGCACAUUCAUUUCAAUUCGAUGGAGAUUAUAAAGAUACUACACCAAAAGAUAACUGGGGUCGAAAAUGGUGUCACUUAGUAGCAAUGGAUGCAAUUUACUUUCGUGAUCCAUCAACACAAUAUAACAUGAAAGCUAUCGAUCGUGAAUUAAUUAAAGCUUUCACAAGCUUUCGUCCAUUAGGAAAAGGAUCGAAUUAUGAGUUUGGUAUUACUACAGGAAACUGGGGUUGUGGUGCAUUCAAUGGUGAUAAACAAUUGAAAGCAAUUAUUCAGUGGAUGGCUGCUUCCGUAGCUGGACGACCCUUAAUCUAUGCAGCGUUUGGUGAUAAAAAGUUAAUUGAGACUUUUUAUGAAAUUUACGAUAUUUUGAAGAAACAACGUGCUACGGGUGUAUCUUUUGAUGAUAUUAUAAAUAUUUGUCCAGAUCCACCUCAUGUAAUGGAUAUGGAACAAAUUCAAGAUGAAAAUUCUAUAUUUAUGAUAUCCCCAUUCAAAUUUGAUCCAACACAUCCUGAACGUGAACCUACAUCAAUUUACUGUCAAAAUAAUUAUAGUCAUCGAGGAGAUAUGAAUCAUGUUCAUAUGCCAUGCUCACCACAUAAUACAACUAAAGAUAAAAAACCUGUAUGGUCAUUAAUUUGUAAAUCAUUGAUCGAACUUAAGAAUAUGUGUGAUACUGAUACAGCUACUGUAGAAAAUCUAACAAUUUAUUCAAUAGAUGAACGUCGUCAUUUUAUGUCGACUGUUCUAUCUAAUAUUUGUAGUCUUGCAUUAAAUGUUGGUUUAGUUUGUCCUCAACCACCACCUUUAUUACGUACAGGAUCGAAUCGAUCAGUAACAAUGUCACAAAAACAAGCUGCUUCAUUAUUAGCUUGUUCAUUUUUUUGUUUAUUCCCAAAUCGUUCUUAUUCAAAACGCAGAAAUAAAUUUAGUAGUUUUCCACAUGCAAAUUUUAUUUCAUUAUAUAAAACAGGACAUCCAAAAAACAUUGAAAAACUCAAAUGUAUUUUACAUUACUUUCGACGUAUUACCGAAGAAAUGCCUAAUGGUGUUAUUACUAUUCGACGGUUUUCUUUACCAAAGCAAUGUUUACCAUUAUGGCACAAGUCACAUACAUCUCUCUGUGAUUUACAUCUAACAACGAGUAAAAAAAUUGAAGAAGUUCAGAAUACGUUACAAGCUGAUUUUGCUAAUAAAUAUAUUGGUGGUGGUGUUUUAGGAUCAGGUUGUGUACAAGAAGAGAUUCGUUUUAGUAUUAGUCCUGAAAUGCUUGUUAGUCUACUUGUUUGUGAAGUCAUGGAAGAUAAUGAAUGUAUAUUCCUGAUUGGUUGUGAACAAUAUUCAUCAUACAAAGGUUAUGCAAAUUCAUUUCAAUUUGCUGGAGAUUAUAGAGAUCCUACACCGAAAGAUACGUGGGGUCGAAAAUGGUGUCAUUUAGUAGCAAUGGAUGCAAUUUACUUUCGUGAUUCAUCAAAACAAUAUAAUAUAAAAGCUGUCGAUCGUGAAUUAAUCAAAGCUUACACUAGCUUUUAUCCAUUGGGAAGAGGUCCUAAUUAUGAGUUUGGUAUUACUACAGGAAACUGGGGUUGUGGUGCAUUCAAUGGUGAUAGAUAUUUGAAAGCAAUUAUUCAAUGGAUGGCUGCUUCUGAAGCUAAACGUCCACUUAUUUAUGCAGCAUAUCGUAAUAAAAAUUUAGUAAACUCAUUUAAUGUUGUUUAUGAGUAUUUGAAAGAUCAAAAAGCAACAGUGGCAGAUUUAUAUCAAUACAUUCAACAAUAUCUUACUCAAGUAGAGCGAGGAACACUAUUUGAAUAUAUUCUAAAUACACCUGUUUCAUUUCUUAAAUAA